AUGAAUUCCAUUCAUAUCCUCCUCUCUCUGAUAUUUAUCGACAUAGCCACAGCCCAAUCCGGGCGUGGCUUUGGCAAGUCUCACGACCAUUCACUCGACAAGCGUGCUCCAUUUGCGCCGAGUGAUGAUGGUAUUUGCUACACCUACAUCAUCCAGGAGGGAGAUACCUGCUCAAGACUCGCUCGGCGUUUCCGGAUCACUACCAGCAAUAUCGAGACUUGGAACGUCGGAUCCUGGGGCUGGUUAGGUUGUGCAGAACUUAAAGAAGGCGAUUUUGUCUGUCUCAGCUCUGGCGCUCUUCCUAUGCCAGUUGCUCUCCCACAAGCUGUCUGCGGUCCCCAGGUUCCUGGGACACAACGUCCUGCUAAAUAUUCCGAUCUUGCUUCUCUAAACCCAUGCCCUCAAGAUCAAUGUUGUGCUGAAUCAGGACGAUGUGGCACUCUCUCGGACUUUUGUGAAGUGCGCCCGAUCGGCCACUGUAUCUUCAAUUGCAGACCGAAGAGUCAACCCAAAAGUACUACUUCAAAGAUGAGUACUUCAAAGUCUACAACAACUCCGAAGACCACGAAAGCGAACAUGGCAACCCUGACCAGUAUAGAAAUGGUCCCGCCACCAGACAAAACCACAAGCGAUAUCGCUCCAACUGCAACUUGGCAGAUGACUAUCUAUGAGAAGAGUGGUUGUCGAGGUGAUUACUUCUCUGUCCAGGGACAUGAAACCCAGAAUACUGGGAAUUGCAUUAUUCUCGCUGAGAAUACCGACACUAAGAUCUCAGAUACAACCACCUCCUGUCGAUGGUGGUCUGAUGAUGGUCUCAAGUGGGGCACCUGUGCCUCCAGUAAACUUACAAAUGCGAGGUCUUUUUUCAUCAAAUCUGGGAAGUGUGUUGUGUAUUCGGGCAGGAAAUGUAGGGAUGAGGACUGGGUAGGAGAGACAUAUGGGGCUUUUAAGGGCUGUCAGGAUGGCAAUACUGGAUACUUAUCUCCUCGAGUAAAUGCGAAGUGGGGUUCGUUGCAGUGCUUUGAGUAUGUAUCAGAUAAUACUUAUUGA